CUCGGAACUAAAAGAGUUUAAUUGCCGACCACCUUGCAAGCAAUUUAUGUAUGGGCUGCAAGCUAAAAACUUGACAUCUGCCUCGUCGCAAAUGCAAACGCGACCAUUGUCAAACUCAACAUCUUCAUUAAUACCAUGAGCCUCUUUGUAUGACUUCUUUGCACUCAUGCAAAUAGAGCGCCGUCCAUUCUUUUACCCUUUCUUUCCUACCUCAAUAUCAGGUUUAUAACAAACCAGCAUUAAUCAGUACAGACAUAUCUUUCGAUCUUUUAAUUUCGGAUUAGGAAGAUCAAUAUGUCUGCGCCCACUGCAGCUCAAGCUGAACUCAUCAGCUCUCUAUCUCAAGAUGAGAUUCCAAUCAAGUUGCGAUGCGCCAUAUGUAGCAAAUUAGCUGUCAAUGCUUUUCGUAUGCCGUGUUGUGAUCAGGCUAUCUGCGAGACUUGUCAUUCUACUCUUCCUUCUUCUUGUCCAGUCUGCGAACACACUCCAGUGGCUUCGGAGGAUUGCAAACCCCACAAAUCAUUACGAACCACCAUCAAGGUCUUUUUGAGAACAGAGGAGAAGAAGCGCGUUGAUGCUGCAGCUAAGCAAAGUAAAGAAACGCCACCAGCUACACCUGCAGAUGCUCUACCAACCCCAACAGAGCCGAACAGUUUAGCCGGACCUGUUGAUAGCACUCCAAACGUACAGGAAGACACCACAUCUGCAAACGAAGCACAAACAGAUGCCGAGUUUGCUCAACCUGCGGAGAACAAUAUAUCACCGACAGAAACUGGCGCAUCGGAGGAAGCACAAUCAGAAGCGCAUGAUGUUCCACAACCCUCAAUUGAGGAGAUUGCGCCUGGACAAGAGUCUGAUGGAGAUGCCAAGCAGGUCGAUGCGCCAGUUGACGGUGAGAAGGGCAAGGAGAAUGACACUGCAGAGAAAGAUGGCCAAGAUGGAACAACCCAAAACGCGGCUUUUGGAAGUGGUUUUGGUUUUGAUCAAUCUUCUUCUGGUGGCUUUCCUGGCAUGGGCUUUUCUGGCGAUUUCAAUCCAAUGCAGAUGAUGAUGGCAAUGCAGAACGGGAUGGCUCCAGGAAGUUUUGGGAAUUUUCCCAUGAUGGGAAUGCCAGGGAUGAAUAUGGAUCCGAUGACGAUGCAAAAUAUGAUGAUGAAUGGUGGCUUUGGUGGGGCAGGCAUGGGCAUGAAUGGCAUGAACAUGGGUAUGGGUAUGGGAAACUUCGAUGAUGGUGUAAAUUCUGGUUUCAAUAAUGGGUGGAAUCCCCAACAAUCAUGGAAUGUCGGACCAGAUAAUUUCAAUCAUCCAAAUGCUGCUGGCAUGGGCCCUGGUGAUUAUGGAGCAAAUAACUCUGGUUUUCCACAAAAUGCUGCAGGAUUUAACCAAGGUAAUUAUGGACGCGCGAAUCAGUACAAUGACCAUCAAAACAGUUACUCACAAUUCCAAGGCCGUGGACGAGGUAGAGGUAGAGGUGGCUGGCAACAGAAUCGGGGUGGUUAUGGACAUGGUUUUAAUGAUCACUCCCAUAACUCACAACAGCUAUUUGGCCAAGGUCAGCAAUCUUCUGAAUCAUAUAAUGAAAACGAUCCAAUUUCUGCAAAUUCGAAGGAAGAUAAUGAAUCUGGGAGCGCGCCUAAAGUCGAUGAGUUUGGCAGAGAGUUGCGCCAAGAUACUCCUAAAGACGAAGCAGAAGGCGGUGCUGGCAGCGUUAACUCUCAGAAUGUCGAAUUUUCGGCGAUCAAGGACGACAAAGAACACCAAAUAGAUCCAGAAAAUGCCGCACAAGAUGUCUCUUCGGGGUUCGGGAAUGAUGACUUUACCCCACAACCUAUACAAUCACUGGAGGCAAAUGAAUUUGCCGCUUUUGCACCAAUGCCCAUGAUUGGAGAUGGUUUCAAUGCUAUGUCCCCUGUAGAUCCAAGUAUGCGCUAUUUUGGCCACCCGAGAGGUGGAUUUUCACAAUCACGUGGUGGUCGUGGUGGGAGUUUUACUGCCAUGCAACCUCCAUUUGUGAAACCUGUUGACGUACCUUUCAACGCACCCACUGGACCGAAAGCUAUGCGAGAGGGACCAAAAGCAGCCCUCCCCCAUGUUAGAACUCACAGUUUUUCCAUUGCCGGUAAAGCUAGCGCUAGUGCGCGAGGUAGUAUCAGUGGUGUUAGUGUAGCGCCAGAAUCUGCCACACAAGAUAGAGGACGAACUAGGUCUCCCUCACAACAGAAGGAAAAAGAAAGAUCAAGGUCAAGGUCCAAAUCUAAGGAUCACAGGAGAGACAGGAGUAAAGAACGACGUCAUAGACGCAGACAUAGAUCCACUUCUCGAUCUCGCUCUGAAGACGAGGAAGAAAGUGAGAGAAGACGAGAAAAGAGACGAGAGGAGCGUAGACGUCGUCAACUCGAGAAUGAAGCAGAUCCCUCACGCAGUGCAAAAGAUGCCAAGCCUGAGAAAAAGAAUGAAGAUGAUAGGAGAAGAGAUGAAGAAGAUAGAUCGAGAUCAGCCUCACCGCAGGAGUCAAAGAGAUCGAGUCAUCGAAGCAGCCGUCGUGAUCGCGACAAAUAUCGUGAUAGAGAAAGAGAUGAUGACAAACAUAGGUCAUCGUCCCAUAAGCAUCGUUCUAGUCAUCGUUCUCACCGUGAUGAACGUUCCAGAAGUCGAGAACGCGAACGUAGCGAACGUGACCGCGAAAGGGAACAUCGUCAUAGACAAAGUCGACAUGCAUCUCGUGACGUUGAGGAGAGGGUAAAAGGCGACACCCCCCUUCAAACUCCUACUGAACCGAGUCAUUCGUCUAGGAAGUUGUCACUCAUUUUCAAUGGACUCAAUGGCAUUGAAAUUAAAGGCGCAAGCUCCCGCAACAGAUCCUCCAAAGACAUCGAUAUGCCCCUAAAUAUUCCGACCGGACCGAAAGGUGGCCAGCGGGAUCGUGAUCGUGAUCGUAAACGCGAGAAGGAUCGUUCAAGUCACCACACUGAAUCUCGCAGCUCUCGUAGAGACUCGGAGCGAAAUACUACAUCUUCCCGCGAUCAAGAAAAAGAACGCCCGGAGAAGAAAAAAGAAGAUGUUGACCCACAUACAUUGGAGCGAGAAGCACGUAAUAGAGAAAGAUUACUGAAAGAAGCGCAGCGUAUUGCAGGUCUCACAAGCGCUUUUGGCACCGGGAGAAAGAGAAGUCGCGAUGACAUUGAUGAUGGUAUUGGGAAGAAGGGAAGGAAGAGGGCCAAGCGAGGCGGUGUAGCAAAUAGGGACGAUGGAGAUGAUACCGACGACGCCAGAAUUGCUAGAUUAGAGGCAGAGAGGGAGAGUUCGAGAUGGGCCUAAUUAACGCUCUUCGUGGCUCAAUACCUCAUUCUGUCGUGCCAUAUUUGAACGGAAGUUUAGGAGUCAAAAAGUACUCAGCAUGAACAUGGUUGACGCAUGAUGAUGUCUCGGCUGGAAAUGACAUCGACAUCGUGACUUUUUCGAUGAAUGAUACAAACAGCAAUUUGAAUCGGGCUACAUGGUCUGUCUGCAUCUUACGGUCGCGAGUACCUUGGGUUGUAGGGAAUGGUUAGCUUGAGUUAUACCCCGCACUCCACUUUAGGGUCGAUGGAUGAAAUGGAUGAUUAAAUGUAGGGAGGAAGUGGACUGAUUUAGCGCAUCGAGCUAGUCUAGUUAGCGAUGAAAUAGUGGAAAUAUAA